AAGAAAUAAUCUCCAAUAUUAAUUGAAAUUAAUUAACUAUAUCCACAUUAUACUUCAUUACAUGAAUGUAUGUGCUGAACAUGGAUCAUCAUCCUAUCUUCACUGAUCGAGUUAAAGGUAAAACCCCAUCGUCUUCAAGUGGUAAUGAUGAUGAUAACAAUAAGAAGAUGUACAGAGGUGUGAGAAAGAGGAAGUGGGGAAAAUGGGUGUCUGAAAUUCGGCUACCAAAUAGCCGUGAAAGAAUAUGGUUAGGAUCAUAUGAUUCACAGGAGAAAGCAGCAAGAGCGUUCGACGCUGCACUUUACUGUCUUCGUGGUCGGCAUGCAAGUUUCAAUUUCCCUGAUACACCUUUUCAUUUCGAUAUCACUGCAGUUUCUAACGAUCCAGAACAGAUUCGAGAGAUUGCUGCUAACUUUGCCAACAAAAAUCCACCAAUUGUUAUUGAUAAUAAUAAUAAUCAUAAUAAUGGAAAUAUUAAUACAGAUCAAUCCAAACCUGUGACUGAAAUUAUUGGCUCUUCGACUUCUACUACCAGUACUAGUGCUUUGCAUGAUAGUGGGAACACUAUUGAUUGGACAUUUUUGAACGUGUUAGAACAUGGUUCAAGUAAUGAUGCUACUGAAAUUUAUGGUGAUUUCUAUUCCGACUUAGAAAAGAUGCAUUCGGAUGAGUUAUUAUUGUAUUACACUUCACCGCCACUUUUUGAGGAUAAUAACAAGAUGGAAUUAGUAGAAGAUGAUAGCAAUGACCCUUUUUCUCAUGAAUCAUUCCUUUGGAGCUGGAAUUUCUGAAUCUUCAUUCUCCUGUAAUUUCCAGACUUUCAUGGAUUUUUUGCUACCAUAUAAUAUAGAGUUGUUUUGUUUCUGAAUUAAUAGUAAUAAACUGGCAGGCUGGUUGGUCAAUUUUAGACCACUCACAGAUAUAUAAGUAUAUAAUAACAAGUGUCCCGUUUUUUUUUU